GCCAAGGCUCCGGGCUGAAAACUAGUCCCGGCAUGGAUCAAGACACAGCCCCCUGCAUGAUCUCUGGGCGCUUGCAGCUCUCGACGCCGCAUUCAGUUUCCUCAAGCUCAAUCCCGACUAGAUUGGUCUUCGCAUACAAUCAUGCAACUAGAGAGGCACAAAGGCGAUUCCCGAACCUGGUCGACACAAUCAAAAAGCUGCCGAAAAAAAAAAAAAAUAACCAGUCAAAGUGCCAAGAAGGUCUAAAGUCGUGGAAAGAUGGAGGAUGACGACCCAAGGCUGGACCAGCUAUCGUCAGUGGAUGUCCAGAACUUCCACUACUGUCCGCAACUGAGGUCAACGGCCUUGCCCAAACACAACCCAGAAACCAACGGUGGAUCUACGGGCCAAGAGCCCGACGAUAACAAUGACUUCCUCGCUGUGCUCACGUGCGCAACGCUUCUCUACUCCCAAGGCGGCGUACUCAAGAUGCGGGCAGCAAACUCGGUCGCUGGCGGUGCCCAAGCCGUCUACGGCCAAGGCGCCCUUGGCCAGGUGACGCGAGUGGACGCGGAUUUUGCUCAGCCCAGCAACCAGCGGGCGGACGAGGUCGAGACGAUGUUGAUCAAGUGCGCCGCAAAACGAUACCGCGGCCACCAGCGGGAAGGCUGCGUCGGCAGCCUGAUUGGUGGGAGUCGAUCGACCAGCCUCUGGGAUGAGCAUGGCAACGCUAGAAACUCGGUAGAGGCACGGAGUUUCGUCAUGGAAUUAAGAGUCCUGAGCCACCCUAGUAUCCGGAACAGUGAGAAUAUCGUCAAGAUCCAGGGACUCGAGUGGGACGGUUGCGAGACGAUCCCAAAGCCCAUAAUCAUUUUGGAAGGCGCUAGCUGGAAUUUGUCUGAGUUUCUUAAGGAAUUCCAAUCACUCCCCAGCCGGACGAAAUGGCAGCUAGCACAGGACAUUGCUUCUGGGCUUGAUACUCUACACAACUGUGGCGUUAUCCACGGGGACGUCAAACCCGACAAUGUUCUGAUAUUCAAAAUGGGCAGGAACUACAAAGCGAAGCUCGCCGAUUUCAGCCACUCGCUCCUCGACAACAAGGCCUUUCGAAGUCUCAUUGGCGGAACUGAAGCCUACGCAGCGCCAGAAUGGAAGGAAGCCCGAAUGACCGACCAGCUGAAGUUGACCGAUGUCUAUUCAUACGGCUUGACCUUUGCCUGCUUAAUGAUGGGGACAGACCCCUUCGCCAAAGCCCGCCAUGAUGGCCGGGAGGCAGAACUGAGGCGUCACAAGUAUCAAGAUAGCAUGAUUAGCUAUUUGCACCAGGAAAUGGCCUCACUCGAUGACCCAAAUAUGGACGACCAUGACAAACUAUGGCAGAUCUUGUCUCUCACGCUUCAACAGGACCCGGGGAAAAGGGACCUAAAGCAGGUGAAGUCUAUACUGCUGUCCAAAGGUUCUCUGUUGGGAGACAUUGAGGUUGAUGCGGAAACUGUGAUGGACAGAAUGAAGUCGCGAGAGAGCCUAUCUAUUCCAUACCAAGCGCUGGCAGAGAUGCCCGGAUCGCUACACGGCCACGUCGUCAGAGUUCUCACUCAUGUGGCCAACAAAGAGGACGGCGAUUAUCGGGCAGCAGCGGCGGCGUUUGAGUUGGCUGUUUGCUAUAGCUCCGGGUUUGGCAUCCCGCCUGAAGUUGAAAUCAAUGAUAAAGAGGCCGAAGCCAACGCAAUGGCCUGGCUCUUGCGAGCGGCGCAAGCUAGCGACCAGAGGGCGCGUCUCUCCUUGGUGCCGGUUUACGAGGCAUUUGGUGGCCAGCUUCCUCCGGAGGUGCCAAUACAUGCGUGGCUCGAAGACCUCGUCAAGGAGGGCUGUACCUUGGCUCUUGAUCCGUUGCGACGACUCAGCCCGUCGUCACAUGAGCAAAUCCUCCGAUAUCACCGGCAGACAUACUGCGGACGCAGACAUCUGGUGCUCAGCGAGGAUUUCACCGUGGACGUGACAGGAGAUGCUCCAGAGCGGCUGAGAGGGUGGUUGAACGACAACCACGAUACGGUUCUGCACUACGUUGCAUCGAAGGGAAGUCUCGACCUUCUAGACGGGCUGAAAGACAGGGGAGUCAUCGACUCGGAGUUGCUCAACAAGACGAACCGUGAUGGGGAUACUCCUCUUCUUCAGGCCGUGAGAGCAGGCCACGCUGAUAUGGCCAGGGCCCUACUUUUAUUGGGUGCUCAAGCAGGCAUUGCAAAUAAUCUCAACGAAACCGUUCUGCAUUUCCUUGUCAACCUCGACGACAAAGACAUCGAGGACAUUGCCGACAAGCUUGCCAAGGCGGGCGCCCGUCCCCUGUUGCAAAAGAUUGCGGAUGGUUCAAGCUCUGGCGGCUUUGAUGGCUUCGAUAUUAUGGAUUCGAACUCUGCAGCUCUCCGUGCCGUAUCCAAGGAUAACGCCGCCGCCCUCCGCGCCUUAUUCCACAUGGAAGAUUCCUCUCCGAGCACGGGUCAAUUCGGGCCCACAGCGAAGGCCACGGUCUGGCGUUUGCUGGCCUUUGCCUUGAGAUUCCACCAAACAAGAGUCCUGGACGUCCUCGCAGAACGACUCGAAUCUAACAUGGGCAGUGUUAUCAACAGCCGCAAGUUCUGGUUCGAUAACAAUCUUACCACGCUACUGGAGGCUUGUGUUUUUGGACCCGUCUCAUCAAACGAAGCGUUUGGCUUCGAUUAUCCCGAACGAUUCACGAGGAUUCUGCGGUUUGGCGUCCAUUAUCGCCCGGCUCUUGCCUCCUGUCUGCAUUUUCUCGUCCGCCAUGGCGCGGCGGUCAAGGGGAUACAUCGGUUUGCCAUCGAAAAUCGCAGGAGGGAUGCCAUCUCGGAACUAACAUUAGCCAUCUAUUCUAAUAGUCGCCUGUCUUGGGCAAGGCUGGCCAUUGACCCGCCGAGGCAUGCUAUCUUCCAUGACCUGCUCAGCAUGCACUCUCGUGCUGCCCAGGGCGCACCGUCUUGGGCCGCUGGAGUCAGGUUCCCAUUACUAUAUCUGAGUCAGAUCCUAGCGGGUGGUAUAGAUCCGGCACUGCUACAAAUCUUUACGAAAUGGCUGAGACAGACGUGCAAUUCCAGAAGCACCCACUGGGUUCCGCAGAACCCAACCGAAGAAGCACAGCUGCAAAGGUGUGCUGGCUCCACAACGUCCAUGCAGUUCCACCCGCUGUACUCGGCCUACAGGCGCAAACGACCGGAUAUCAUGAGCAUCCUUUUCGAAUUUGGGGCCAGCUUGCAAGACAGGACCACCAAUGGCAUCACCACCCUUGGAACCAUCCUCAGAUUAUCGCCGACCAAGCCGCAACGAAUAGCCGCGCUCCUGCAGAUCGCCGUCGAUUCCAGGUCGGAGUGUAUCAUCAGAAUAGAGGAUCUUGCCACCAUUCUCCUGGCCGACUGCUGCUCGCCAGACCUCAAGGGAAUGCAGGCUGUACGAUGCCCGAUAGAAAGAGAUAUUGGGAUGCUAUCAGUGCCAGAUCGGCUGGCGGACAGAACAGCGUGGGUCUGGUCGGAGCCAGCGUCCGACUUCCUACUAGAGUGGAACAACAUGCACGAGGUCGCGGCAACGGCCGAGCUCUGGGGGCAAAUCGAGGCGGCAAGCAGGUGCCAGAAGCAGCCCAUCCAAGGUUCCGAGCCGGGUCUACGGUAUAACCUUGUGCUACAUGCCGCCCUCGAGUCGAACUUGGCCGCCGUCCGCUGCCUUCUCGGCAUGGGCUUCCAUCCAGACGGAACCGGAGAGCCUUGUCCCUCCUGGCUGGGUACCGUCAUAACGCCGUUGGAUGUGGUUCGCUGGACCUCGUACGUACCCGACAAGCGCUGCUCUCCAACGGGUUUAACCCUGAAGCGUACCAAUCAAGCCAUUGCUGCUCUCCUGCUGGAACGGGGAGGCAGGCAUGGUCAAGCAUAUAGCCGCGUGUACCAUUUCUUCGGCCUGUCCUUUCUCGACAUGAAAGGAUCGUUAUGGUUCAUGACGUGGUUUCUAACCCUCAUACCUGGUGUUACCGUGUCAACCAUGCUUGGGACGUGCGGGGAGUAUAACAUCUCGUGUACACAUGAGGAUUUCGUCUUUCUCGUCAUUAUGAAUUGUCUGUGGGGCUUGUAUACCAUGUUCGUCGUCUGGAAGUGCCUCCCACGCAUAUUCAUGGGCGCCAGGAGAAGCGACUUAGUCCUUCUUGCUUUUGGGGGCGAUCCAAAGAUCCUUGCGGCGGCGUUGUUCUGGAACAAUAACGGCAUAUUUGGUCGUUUCCUAGCCGCUAGGCUGGGAAAGACCUCUGACCCUGCCGAAUUUGGGAAUGAUUUGGAAGAGAGGGCCCCGCUACUUGAUGGGGUAAACAGCGAGGACGCAGGCAGGGACCGCGAACGACGUGUUGCAGGGCCUGAGUCGGCGGAAGGGAGGCAGGAAGAGGGACACGGGGCUUGGGGAGAAAACGAACCGAGCGAUAUGGGAGCUACGUCGUCGGCCGAUGUCAGACACUCUGGCGGCGGAAACGAGAGCUGGCAUGACCAGUUCUUGGUUGAAGGGGAGGAAGAUGAUGCCGAGGCGUCUGCGAGAGAUGGUCGGCACCGGAGGGUAUCCCGAAACGGUCAAGAGCAGUGGGCUGAGAGAGGUAGGAAAUUAGGCUUAUUGAUUGGGCGUCUCACGGUCAAGCGCGUCAUUCCUGUUGCAGUUUGGCCUCUGAGAGCGAUGUUCGAGGUGGCGGAUAGAAUUUCAGAUUGGAAGACUAGGUUGAUGGAGAGGCAGCGCCAGGGGAGACUGCGUAUCUAGAUAGACCAGGCACGUUAUGAGAGUAUUAAUAUUCCACAUUGA